AUGGAUGCGCUACGUGGGGAGAAGCUGUUUGGUUCGGUUGCGGAAGAUGAUGUGAAUUUAUGCGAUGGAGCUGAAGGUGACGACGUCAGUAUUGGUAGCGUCGUCGAUGAUGAGCUGGAUGUGCCUGUGUUGCCACGGGAGGACUACGGAAGCGAAGUAGAGUCUGACAGUGACAGUGAGGACGACAGUGUAUAA